AUGUGUGAUGCUAGUGACUACACAGUGGGGGCAGUGCUGGGCCAGCAGAAGGACAAAUCGAUGCACCCAAUAUACUAUGCCAGCAGAAUGCUGAGUGGAGCCCAGUUGAACUAUACGGUGACUGAAAAGGAGAUGCUAGCUGUGGUGUUCGCAUUCAACAAGUUCCGAUCCUACCUGAUAGGAUCAAAGGUAAUCGUCUACACUUACCAUGCUGCUCUCAGGUACUUNACAGUGGGGGUAGUGCUGGGCGAGCGGAAGGACAAAUUGAUGCACCCUAUCUACUAUGCCAGUAAAACGCUGAGUGGAGCCCAGUUGAACUAUACGGUGACUGAAAAGGAUAUGCUAGCUGUGGGAGCUGAAAAUGCAAUUGAAGUUGAGGAAAUUCUGGAAACUUUUCCAAACGAGAAACUGCUCGCCAUAACUCAUCAGGAAGCGCCAUGGUAUGUGGACUUGGCCAAUUACCUAGCCAGUGGUAUAGUUCCUCACGACCUUUCAUCGGUCCAGAGGAAGCGAUUUUUUCGCGAAAGCCGCUUGUACUAUUGGGACGAGCCCUAUCUCUUUAGAAUAUGCCUGGAUAACAUGAUCCGGAGAUGCAUCUCCGAGAUAGAACAAUCGUCUAUUUUACAGGCUUGUCAUGCAUCGGCUUAUGGUGGACACUUUGGAGGGAUCAGGACAGCAGCAAAGGUGCUAGAAGCCAGAUUUUUUUGGCCGACUGUGUUUAAAGAUGCUCACUCAUGGGUGAAGGGUUACUAUGUGUCCAAGUGGGUGGAAGCUGUAGCGUUGCCCACCAAUGAUGCGAAAGUGGUGGUGGGGUUUCUAAAGAAGAACAUAUUCACCCACUUUGGGACACCACGUGCGAUUAUCAGCGACGGAGGCACUCACUUCUGCAAUAGAGCCUUCGAGAAGUUGCUUAUAAAAUACGAUGUGUGCCACAAGGUGGCUACCCCAUACCACCCGCAAACUAGUGGGCAGCUUGAGCUAGAUGAUGCACUCUGGGCCUACAGAACAGCUUUCAAGACACCAAUUGGUAUGUCACCAUACAAGUUAGUGUUUGGGAAGGCCUGUCACUUACUUGUAGAACUCGAGCAUAAAGCGUGGUGGGUACUCAAACAACUAAACUUAGACAUGGAAGUUGCAGGUACGUCAAGAGUCACAGAAUUGCAUGAGCUCGAGGAGUUCAGGUAUCUUGCUUUUGAGAGCACAAGGCUAUAUAAAGAGAGAAUGAAGAGGCUACACGAUCAGAACAUUGUUGAGCAAAAUUUCAAACCUGGGGACAUGGUACUACUAUACAACUCAAGACUGAGGUUGUUCCCGGGCAAGCUGAAGUCACUAUGGUCUGGACUAUUUCGGGUAGUUGAAGUUUUCCAGUCAGGAGCGGUUGACGUCGCCACUGAGGAUGACUCUCAUAUAUUUAGAAGACGCGGUCAGACCGCGGUUCCACCGCGACCGCGGUCAAACCGCGGUACUGACCCUUCUCUGAACCCAGGCCGUCACGGUUACACCGCGAUCGCGAUACAACCGCGGUCAGAGAGACCCUCUGAACUUGGUCUACCACGGUCCUACCGCGACCGCGGUAGAACUGCGGCAGACGCAGACGGGGUCCAG